AUGUACCAUCGACAAUUGUCCCGCCGCCAACACACCAGGCAUUACCAGAAACAACUGGAAGACCUUCUGUUCCAACACACCAAUGAACUGCGCCAACAGCACCGACUGCCAGUACGGCGUGUGCACCUCGAGUCCCAGAAAUGCGAGUUCCACGACUACUCACCUCUGCCAUUCGGCUGCAACAAGGCUGCCAUCAUCUCGACCGGUGUCAUUACCGGUUUUGUCGUGGCUGCUGCCGUGGCGCUGGCCAUCAUGAUCUUUGGAGGCAGGAAGGGAUACGACUACUGGAAGCAAUCGACCAACAACAAGAUCAGUGGCAUGAGCUCCAACCCACUGAACAACGAGGAGCCAGGCAAUGAAUUAUAUUGA